AUGGAAGAGGUUAAAAGUGUGCUUGAGAAGAUGGAAGAAGAGAAUGACAAUCUAGCAAUGGAAACUAGGACAUGUGAGGCUGUCGCAAAUCGCUUUGGAGAUGACGUUAAAGAGAUCAAAACAGUUGUAGACGGAUGUCUGAAAGAGAUUGAAGAGCUUAAAGCAGUUCUCAGUUGUCGUGAUGAAGAGAUGCAUGAGCUUAAGUAUGGCCUGAAGUGUUGCAGAAACGUGAUUGUGUGUGGUUUGGGAGUGGUUUUGUUCUUCUUUUUCACAGCAGCUUGA